GAAAAAAUAACGAAGCAGCUCGAGUCGGUAGAGUUAAGAUGGCGGCAUGUGGAUUGUUGUAGGAGCUUGUUGGAUGUUUCGGCUCUGGAUUUUUGUUACGUUUGAAGACAAUUUGUAAUGAAAUAACGCAACCAGACUCAGCAAAGUGAUAAAAGACCCACUUAGAGAGAUAAUUUCCCAUAUUUUGGGUUAUUUCGGAUUUAAAUCAUGACCUCUAUCCACUUCGUUGUGCACCCGUUACCCGGGACUGAGGACCAGCUCAAUGACAGACUUCGUGAAGUGUCCGAAAAACUCAACAAAUACAACUGUAACAGUCAUCCACAGCUUAACUUGCUGGAGCAGGCCCCACUUAAGCAGUGUGUAGUUGGACCAAACCACGCUGGCUUCCUGCUUGAGGAUGGACGGAUCGGCAGGAUAAGCUUCGCCGUGCAGCCAGAUCGACUGGAGCUGGGCAAGCCAGACGGAAACGAUGGUUCAAAGUUGAGCAGUGGCUCAGGGACAGGAAGGACCUCCAGGCCAGGUAGGACUAGUGAUCCGCCCUGGUUCCUGUCUGGUUCUGACACUUUGGGCCGACUGGCAGGCAACACCCUUGGGAGCCGCUGGAGUUCAGGAGUCGGCGGAGGAGGUGGAGGCAGCGGGGGCAGUGGCGGCGGAGGGACAGGAGGAGGCGGGGGCAGCGGUGGUGGAGGCGGAGGGGCUAGUGGAGGGGGAGGAGCAUCUUCUGGUCGCUCAAGUGCUGCAGCACGUGAUUCGCGAAGACAGACACGCGUGAUCCGCACAGGCAGAGACAGAGGGUCGGGUCUGCUGGGGAGCCAGCCGCAACCUAUCAUACCAGCAUCCGUCAUUCCUGAGGAGCUCAUCUCUCAGGCCCAGGUGGUGCUGCAAGGCAAAUCUAGAAGCGUCAUCAUCCGCGAGCUGCAGCGCACCAACCUGGAUGUAAACCUGGCCGUGAACAACCUGCUGAGCCGAGAUGACGAGGACGGGGAUGACGGCGAUGACACAGCCAGCGAGUCCUACCUACCUGGAGAAGACCUGAUGUCGCUACUGGACGCUGACAUCCACUCAGCACACCCCAGCGUCAUCAUCGACGCCGACGCCAUGUUCUCAGAGGACAUCAGCUACUUCGGCUACCCGUCCUUCCGGCGCUCGUCGUUGUCACGCCUCGGCUCUUCACGAGUUCUCCUUCUUCCCUUAGAGCGUGACUCGGAGCUGCUGCGCGAGCGCGAGUCCGUGCUGAGGCUCCGCGAGAGGCGGUGGCUGGACGGAGCGUCCUUCGACGCAGAGCGUGGCUCCACCAGCCGGGACGGAGAACCAAGCCUGGACAAGAAGAGCGUCCCUCUGCAGAGCCCUGUCUCUCUGGGAGAGGAGCUGCAGUGGUGGCCUGAUAAGGAUGGUGUGAGGUUUGUAAGCAUCGGGGCGAUGUUCUCCGAGCUCGUGGCUGUCAGCUCCAAAGGCGAGCUUUACCAGUGGAAAUGGAACGAACCAGAACCUUACAGAAACUCACAAAAUCCUUCCAUCCAUCACCCUCGGGUGUCCUUCCUCGGCCUGACCAACGAGAAGAUCACACUCUUGUCUGCUAACAGUAUUCGGGCCACGGUGGCUACUGAGUCCAACAAGGUGGCAACGUGGGUGGAUGACACUCUGAGUUCAGUAGCGUGUAAGCUGGAACACGGGGCUCAGACGUUCCCGGAGCUGCAGGGUGAACGCAUUGUAUCCCUGCACUGCUGCUCUCUGUACACCUGCGCUCAGCUCGAGACCAGCCUCUACUGGUGGGGUGUCGUGCCUUUCAGUCAACGCAAAAAGAUGCUUGAGAAGGCCAGGGCUAAGAACAAAAAGCCCAAAUCCAGCGCUGGAAUCGCCUCCAUUCCCAACAUUACAGUGGGCACUCAGGUGUGUUUGAGGAACAAUCCCCUGUAUCACGCAGGCGCCGUGGCCUUCUCGGUGAACGCCGGCGUCCCCAAGGUAGGCGUCCUUCUCGAGUCCGUUUGGAACAUGAAUGACAGCUGCCGCUUCCAGCUACGCUCUCCUGAAAGCCUGAAGAGCAUGGAGAAGAGCGCCAAAGCCCAGGAGACCAAGGCGGAGAUCAAACCCGAAAUGGUCAAAACGGAGAUGGGUCCUCCUCCGUCUCCGGCCUCCACAUGCAGUGAUACCUCCUCCAUCGCCAGCAGUGCCUCUCUGCCUUAUAAGCGGAGACGCUCCACACCGGCGCCUAAAGAGGAGGAGAAGGUCAACGAAGAGCAGUGGCCUCUGCGCGAGGUCGUGUUCGUGGAGGAUGUUAAAAAUGUCCCAGUCGGGAAGGUGCUAAAAGUCGAUGGUGCAUAUGUUGCUGUGAAAUUUCCAGGGACGUCGAGCAGCGUGAGCAGCCAGAGUGCAGCUCCCACUGACUCUGACCCGUCCUCUCUCCUGCAGGACUGCAGGCUGCUCCGAAUCGAUGAGCUACAGGUUGUUAAAACUGGUGGAACUCCUAAAGUUCCAGACUGUUUUCAGCGCACACCUAAAAAACUUUGUAUUCCAGAAAAGGCUGAAAUUUUAGCUGUGAAUGUUGACUCCAAAGGAGUCCAUGCUGUUCUCAAAACAGGCAGUUGGGUUCGGUACUGUAUCUUUGACUUGGCCACUGGCAAAGCCGAGCAAGAGAAUCAUUUCCCUACGAGUAACCUGGCCUUUCUGGGCCAGAGCGAGCGUAAUGUGGCCAUCUUCACUGCUGGCCAGGAGAGCCCCAUCAUCCUGCGGGAUGGCAACGGCACCAUUUACCCAAUGGCCAAAGACUGCAUGGGUGGCAUCCGAGACCCUGAUUGGCUGGAUCUGCCGCCUAUCGCUAGUUUGGGAAUCGGAGUUCACUCACUUGCCAACCUGCCCAACAACUCCACAAUCAAAAAGAAAGCUGCAGUCAUUAUUAUGGCAGUAGAGAAGCAGACGUUGAUGCAGCAUGUGUUGCGCUGUGAUUAUGAAGCGUGUCGACAGUACCUGGUGGGUUUAGAGCAGGCCGUGCUCCUGGAACAGAACCCCCACGCUCUUGGCGCUCUGCUCGGCCAUCGAUGUGACGGAAACAGGAACCUUCUGCACGCCUGUGUCUCUGUCUGCUUCCCCGUCAGCAACAAGGAGACCAAGGAGGAGGAAGAAGCCGAACGCUCAGAAAGAAACACAUUCGCUGAGAGGCUGUCUGCAGUUGAAGCCAUCGCUAAUGCCAUUUCAGUGGUGUCCAGCAAUAGCUCGGGAAACAGGACCGGAUCGUCCAGCAGUCGCGGUCUACGCCUACGAGAGAUGAUGAGGCGCUCACUCCGAGCCGCCUCAAUGGGCCGCCACGAGUCAGGCCCCUCCUCCAGUGACCACCAGGACCCUGUGUCACCACCCAUUGCCCCGCCUAGCUGGGUGCCAGACCCCCCACCCAUGGAUCCUGAUGGUGACAUUGAUUUCAUCUUGGCCCCUGCAGUUGGCUCGCUCACUACGGCGUCCUCCGGCCCCAGUCAAGGUCCGAGUACAUCCACCAUUCCAGGCCCGUCAUCUGAAGCAUCCGUGGUGGAGAACAAAGACCGCAAGGCCAAUGCUCACCUGAUCCUCAAGCUGAUGUGUGACAGCGUUGUCCUGAGACCUCAUCUACGGGAAUUGCUCUCUGCAAAGGACGCACGAGGCAUGACUCCGUUUAUGCUCGCCGUCAGCGGGAGGGCAUACCCAGCAGCCAUCACUGUCCUGGAGGCAGCCCAAAAAAUAGCUAAGGGAGAGUCCAGUAUCGGGGACAAGGACGACGUGAACUCUGUGUUUAUGGAAAUGAUCUGUCCUGCGGGGACAAACCCGGAUGACUCACCGCUCUACGUGCUCUGCUGUAACGACACCUGCAGCUUCACCUGGACAGGAGCCGAGCACAUCAACCAGGACAUCUUUGAGUGCAGGACAUGUGGUUUGCUGGAGUCUCUGUGUUGCUGCACCGAGUGUGCCAGGGUUUGCCACAAAGGCCACGACUGCAAGUUAAAGAGAACGUCUCCCACUGCGUACUGUGACUGCUGGGAGAAGUGCAAGUGCAAAACCCUGAUCGCCGGGCAGAAAGCGGCACGUCUGGACCUGCUCUAUAGGCUGCUGACCACCACCAACCUAGUGACGAGUCCCAACAGCAGGGGAGAGCACAUCUUGCUGUUCCUGGUGCAGACAGUUGCACGGCAGAGUGUGGAGCACUGUCAGUACCGGCCACCCCGUAUCAGAGAGGACAGGAACCGCAAAGCUGUUAAUGCAGAAGACUCAGACAUGCCAGAUCAUGACCUAGAGCCUCCACGCUUUGCCCAGCUGGCUCUGGAGCGUGUGCUGCAGGACUGGAACGCUCUUAAGUGCAUGAUUAUGUUUGGCUCACAGGAGAACAAGGAUCCGCUGAGUGCGAGCAGCCGGAUUGCUCAUCUCUUGCCGGAGGAGCAGAUGUACCUGAACCAGCAGAGUGGUACAAUCAGGCUGGACUGCUUCACUCACUGCCUCAUUGUCAAGUGUGCUCCAGACCUCACUUUUAUCGACACACUGCUGGGCACACUGGUGAAGGAACUGCAGAACAAAUACACCCCAGGUCGCAGAGAGGAGGCCAUCUGCGUCACACGUCGCUUCCUGCGCUCUGUCGCCAGGGUGUUUGUCAUCCUUAGCGUAGAGAUGGCUUCGUCCAAGAAGAAGAAUAACUUCGUCCCGCAGCCCAUAGGGAAGUGCAGGCGUGUGUUCCAGGCACUGCUGCCUUACGCUGUUGAGGAGUUGUGUAAUGUAGCUGAGUCUCUGAUUGUGCCUGUGCGCAUGGGCAUCGCCAGGCCGACGGCACCGUUUACGCUGGCCAGCACCAGCAUCGAUGCCGUGCAGGGCAGCGAGGAGCUUUUCUCUGUGGAGCCGCUGCCCCCACGACCCUCACCUGAUCAGUCCAACAAUUCCAGCCAAUCAGCCUCCUCUUACAUCAUCAGGAACCCUCAGCCACGGCGCAGCAGCCAAUCACAGACCGCACGUGGACGAGACGAGGAGCAGGACGACAUUGUGUCUGCUGAUGUCGAGGAGGUGGAGGUGGUGGAGGGGGUCGCUGGAGAGGAAGAUCACCACGACGACCAGGAGGAGCAGGGGGAGGAGCCUGCAGAAGCUGAGGGACAGCACGAUGAACACGAUGAGGAUGGAAGUGACAUGGAGCUUGAUCUGUUAGCAGCCGCCGAGACAGAGAGUGACAGUGAAAGUAACCAUAGCAACCAGGACAACGCAAGUGGGCGCCGCAGUGUCGUCACGGCAGCGACGGCGGGUUCUGAAGCAGGUGCCAGCAGUGUGCCUGCCUUCUUCUCCGAGGAUGACUCCCAGUCGAACGACUCGAGUGACUCAGACAGCAGCAGCAGUCAGAGUGAUGAUGCCGAUCAGGAGACGUACCUGCUGGAUGAACCGCUGGAGAGGACCACAGGCUCUGCCCAUGCCAACAGUGCCGCUCAGGCCCCACGCUCCAUGCAGUGGGCAGUGCGCACCACUCCCAGCCAGCGCACGGCCGGGGGCGCCCCAACUAGCUCCUCCACUCCCGCAGCGAGCUCUGCAGGCCUCAUCUACAUCGACCCAUCUAACCUGCGCCGCAGCAGCGCCAUCAGCACCAGUGCAGCAGCAGCAGCCGCGGCCCUGGAGGCCAGCAACUCUAGCAGCUACCUGACAUCCGCCAGCAGCCUGGCAAGAGCCUACAGCAUCGUCAUCCGACAGAUUUCUGACCUCAUGAGCCUCAUCCCCAAGUACAACCACCUGGUGUACUCGCAGUACCCCGCUGCUGUGAAACUCACCUAUCAGGAUGCAGUUAACCUACAGAACUAUGUGGAGGAGAAGCUGGUCCCAACAUGGAACUGGAUGGUGUCUAUCAUGGACUCGACGGAGGCUCAGUUGCGCUACGGCUCGGCCCUGUCCUCCGCGGGAGACCCUGGGCACCCGAGCCACCCGCUGCAUGCCUCGCAGCACUCCGGCCGCAGGGAGCGCAUGACUGCACGUGAGGAGGCCAGCCUGCGAACACUGGAGGGACGCAGGCGUGCCGCUACUUUGUUGACUGCUCGUCAGGGCAUGAUGUCAGCGCGCGGAGAUUUCCUGAACUAUGCGCUGUCCCUGAUGCGCUCCCAUAAUGACGAGCACUCUGACGUGCUGCCUGUGCUGGACGUGUGCUCACUGAAACACGUGGCCUACGUUUUCCAGGCCCUCAUUUACUGGAUAAAAGCCAUGAACCUACAGACCACGCUGGACACCUCACAGAUGGACAGGAAGAGGUCAGAUGCUCUGAAUGGGCUGAACUACAGCCUUGUUCUGAAAAACACUUCAUGUGUCUUACAGGCUUUAAGGAAUCGUGACCCGUUGGAACUUGCAUUGGACAAUGAGGACUCGGAGCAUGAGAAUGAUGAGGACACCAAUCAGAGCUCCACCCUUCAGGAUAAGGAGGAAGAGCCUGUUCCUGCAGAAACGGGUCAGCAUCACCCAUUCUUCCGUCGCUCCGACUCCAUGACCUUCCUCGGCUGCAUUCCGCCGAAUCCCUUUGAAGUCCCCGUGGCCGAGGCCAUCCCUCUGGCUGACCAGCCUCACCUGCUGCAGCCGAAUGCUAGGAAGGAGGACCUGUUCGGGCGGCCGAGUCAAGGCCUCUACUCGUCCUCCUACAUGGCAAGCAAAGGUCUCUCAGAGCUCACUGUGGACAUGAACUGCUUACAGAUUCUGCCUACAAAGAUGUCUUAUUCAGCCAAUAUGAAAAACGUUAUGAGCAUGGAAUCUCGGCAGAGGGGUGGAGAAGAGCAGCAGACGACGGCACAGGACAUAGACGUCUCUAAGCCUGGCCCGUCCCCCCACGACCUUGCUGCCCAGUUAAAGAGCAGCCUCCUCGCGGAGAUUGGCCUGACGGAGAGUGAAGGCCCACCCCUUCCCACUUUCAUUCCUCACUGCAGCUUCAUGGGCAUGGUGAUCUCUCACGACAUGCUGCUGGGACGAUGGCGUCUCUCUCUUGAGCUCUUCGGCCGUGUCUUUAUGGAGGAUGUAGGGGCUGAACCUGGAUCUAUCCUGACUGAGCUGGGUGGUUUUGAGGUGAAGGAGUCAAAGUUUCGGCGGGAGAUGGAGAAGCUACGGAACCUGCAGUCUCGUGAUCUGGCCUUGGAGGUGGACCGUGACCGCGACCAGCUCAUUCAGCAGACCAUGCGUCAGCUCAACACACACUUUGGCCGCCGCUGCACUAGCACGCCCAUGGCUGUGCACCGCGUCAAGGUCACGUUCAAGGACGAGCCUGGCGAGGGCAGCGGCGUGGCACGCAGCUUCUACACGGCCAUCGCGCAGGCCUUUCUGUCCAACGACAAACUGCCCAACCUGGACUGUGUACAGAGUGUCAGCAAGGGCAUGCAGGCCAGCAAUUUGAUGCAGCGCUUGAGAAACCGAGAUCGGGAAAGGGAGAGGAGGAGUGGUGGCCUGAGGGCAGGAUCCCGAAGAGACCGCGACAGGGACUCUCGGAGGCAGCUGUCCAUUGACACCAGGCCGUUCCGUCCUGCAUCAGAGGGGAACCCCAGUGACGAGCCAGACCCGCUGCCUGCUCACAGACAGGCUUUAGGGGAGCGUCUGUACCCCCGUGUCCAUGCCAUGCAACCGGCGUUUGCCAGUAAAAUCACAGGCAUGUUGCUGGAGCUCUCACCUGCUCAGCUGCUUCUCCUGUUGGCCAGUGAGGAUUCUCUGCGAGCCCGUGUAGAGGAGGCCAUGGAGCUCCUCAUCACACAUGGAAGGGAAAACGGUGCUGACAGCAUACUGGAUCUUGGUCUCCUCGACACUCCAGAGAAAGCACAGCAGGAGAAUAGGAAGAGACAUGCCUCCACCCGCAGCGUGGUGGACAUGGAGCUGGACGAUACGGAUGACGGCGAUGAUAACGCUCCUCUGUUUUACCAGCCUGGAAAGAGGGGCUUUUACUCCCCCCGGCCUGGGAAAAACUCCGAGGCUAGGCUCAACUGCUUCCGCAACAUCGGCAGAAUACUUGGCCUGUGUCUCUUGCAGAAUGAACUGUGCCCCAUCACCCUGAAUAGGCACGUCAUCAAAGUGCUGCUGGGUAGAAAGGUGAACUGGCACGACUUUGCAUUCUUCGACCCGGUAAUGUACGAGAGUUUGCGGCAGCUGAUUCGCCACUCACAGGCAAGCGAGGCAGAGGCUGUUUUCGCCGCCAUGGACCUCGCCUUCGCCAUCGACCUCUGCAAGGAGGAAGGAUCCGGACAGGUGGAGCUGCUGGCGGGCGGCAGCAGCAUGCCUGUAACCCCUCAGAACGUGUACGAGUAUGUGAGGAAAUAUGCUGAACACAGGAUGCUGGUGGUAGCGGAGCAGCCUCUGCAUGCCAUGAGGAAGGGCCUCCUGGACGUGCUCCCUAAGAACGCUCUGGAGGAUCUCACAGCCGAAGACUUCAGGCUGCUCGUCAACGGCUGCGGCGAGGUCAACGUGCAGAUGCUCAUCAGCUUCACGUCCUUCAACGAUGAAUCCGGUGAGAACGCAGAGAAGCUGUUGCAGUUUAAACGCUGGUUUUGGUCCAUCGUGGAGAAAAUGAGCAUGACUGAGAGGCAGGAUCUGGUGUAUUUCUGGACGUCCAGCCCGUCCCUGCCUGCCAGUGAGGAAGGUUUUCAGCCGAUGCCGUCCAUCACCAUCAGGCCUCCGGACGACCAACACCUACCCACGGCCAACACGUGCAUCUCACGCCUCUACGUGCCGCUUUACUCCUCCAAACAGAUCCUCAAGCAGAAGCUCCUCCUCGCCAUCAAGACCAAGAACUUCGGCUUUGUGUAGAGGGUGACGAGCGUUUACUUACAUGUUGUGUAAUAUUACUAGUUCCAUUUUUGUAGAUUUUUUUGUCUAUACAGUUUUAUGAAAUUUAAAAGAAAGUGCUGUCCCAUCCUUGGCGGUAUUAGUAUUUUUUUUCCCUCAUUUUUUGCAGUCUGGGUUGUGUAUGAGAACACCACGUUCUCAUUUCGUUUUUAUUUCCGUUUUCCGAGUAAACGUACAUUCCUGCAUUGGCUCCAUUGGCUCGAACUGUAACUCCCCAGGAAAACGCGGCCCGACAGCAAACUGUCUGCCGAACUGCAGCCAAAGAUGACAGCAGAUGUAUUUAAAGAAAAAGAAAGAUUUCACUGUGAUUAUGAAUUUGUUUUUCCCCUUCAUUGCCCUAAACAUAAACAUUAUGACUGAGAGUUCACUGCUGCCUUUGUGGAAAAAGUCAGUUUUUCUUGUAUAGGGGGCGUAGGGAAUUUCAAAAUAAACUUGGAUGCAAACCAUUAA